ACUCCUGGGUUCUGUCCCCAGCUCUGGGAAGCGAGUGAGGGCUGUGGGCACCAGGACUCCUGGCUCUGGGUGGGGACUUUAAUUCCGUGGAGUGGGAGUGGCUCUGCCCAAAGCAGAGGGACUGGAGUGGCCAGGGCAGGGUGGACCCCAGGACUAGCUGGGGGGGCUGUUGGCCAGGUUGGCAAAGGGGCCGGGGCCAUGGGGUGGAUGGAGCCUCCGAGGCGCGGGGGGGCACGGGACGGUGGUGGCAAUAGUAAUAAUUUGUAAUAAAGAAACUUUUCUAGUAUUUCAGGUGAUUAAAAUAGCAGGAGCAGCGGAGCCUGCGUCUGUGUGUGGGGGCCGGGGGCGCCGGGCGGGGGCCGAGCAUGGGGGCUCUGGUGCCGUCUGAUCUUCCAGCCCUGAUCCCUUUCGCUGGGGAAAUGCCCUGGCCCAGCCUGCAGGGCGUAAGGCCCCGAAAUCCCAGCCAGGGGGCCCCAUCCUGCCCGCUGCGCCCCGACCACGUCAGCUGGACAGAGGGAGAAUCCAGCAGAGCCCGUGGUUCACGGCUCCACUCCACUUCCUGUCCUAAACUGCUGUGCAGGCCCCCGUCCCGGCCGUCGCCCCCCAGGACCCGGGACCCCCCGAGGCCGUCCUGCUGCGCGACGUGUCCGUCCUCUUACGCUUCAUCUGCGCCCAGCUGCGGCAGCUCGCGAGGACGGCGAGGGGAGACGCCCUCCUGCUGCCCCCCUGCGCCCCAGGGGCCCCCCUGCCCCGUCCCGGCUGCUAGGGGGCGGGGGGGGGGCAGGAGCAGCCUCCUGGCCUGGAGAUCGGUCUCCGCACGCGCCCCCCGGGACCCUCAGCCCGUGGCGUCAUUGGGGGGAUUCAGGGGGUUACCUCCCCCCGUACUAUGGCACCUCUGUCUGUCCGGCCCCAUGGGGCGUGGGAAUAAACACAGCUGGGAACCUCUGCAGGGGGCAUCACUUGCCUUGGUGUAGGGGGGACUCCCCUCCCCGGCCCCCCUGCAAUGCAGCCCUCCCAAUUCCCCUCCCCAGCCCCCCA